AUGACCCUACUAAUAACACCAACUGGUGUGACAGAUUGUUUUCCACUUCCACCAUGUGUCCAGAUGAAGGCAAGGAGAAGAAGGCAAGGAGAAGAAGGCAAGGAGAAGAAGGCAAGGAGAAGAAGGCAAGGAGAAGAAGGCAAGGAGAAGAAGGCAAGGAGAAGAAGGCAAGGAGAAGAAGGCAAGGAGAAGAAGGCAAGGAGAAGAAGGCAAGGAGAAGAAGGCAAGGAGAAGAAGGCAAGGAGAAGAAGGCAAGGAGAAGAAGGCAAGGAGAAGAAGGCAAGGAGAAGAAGGCAAGGAGAAGAAGGCAAGGAGAAGAAGGCAAGGAGAAGAAGGCAAGGAGAAGAAGGCAAGGAGAAGAAGGCAAGGAGAAGAAGGCAAGGAGAAGAAGGCAAGGAGAAGAAGGCAAGGAGAAGAAGGCAAGGAGAAGAAGGCAAGGAGAAGAAGGCAAGGAGAAGAAGGCAAGGAGAAGAAGGCAAGGAGAAGAAGGCAAGGAGAAGAAGGCAAGGAGAAGAAGGCAAGGAGAAGAAGGCAAGGAGAAGAAGGCAAGGAGAAGAAGGCAAGGAGAAGAAGGCAAGGAGAAGAAGGCAAGGAGAAGAAGGCAAGGAGAAGAAGGCAAGGAGAAGAAGGCAAGGAGAAGAAGGCAAGGAGAAGAAGGCAAGGAGAAGAAGGCAAGGAGAAGAAGGCAAGGAGAAGAAGGCAAGGAGAAGAAGGCAAGGAGAAGAAGGCAAGGAGAAGAAGGCAAGGAGAAGAAGGCAAGGAGAAGAAGGCAAGGAGAAGAAGGCAAGGAGAAGAAGGCAAGGAGAAGAAGGCAAGGAGAAGAAGGCAAGGAGAAGAAGGCAAGGAGAAGAAGGCAAGGAGAAGAAGGCAAGGAGAAGAAGGCAAGGAGAAGAAGGCAAGGAGAAGAAGGCAAGGAGAAGAAGGCAAGGAGAAGAAGGCAAGGAGAAGAAGGCAAGGAGAAGAAGGCAAGGAGAAGAAGGCAAGGAGAAGAAGGCAAGGAGAAGAAGGCAAGGAGAAGAAGGCAAGGAGAAGAAGGCAAGGAAAGAGUAA